AUGCUUGAACUGCUCUCAAACAAGACCGCAGGUAAUGGGCGGUUUGAAACGGUCACACUUGAUCACAUGUGUCUCUUUAAAAAUCAAUGGCAGGCGUGGUGCGGGUUGGCGCUGCAGCCAUCUGUAGAUGAACCUACUUUGCCGCAGAUAUCCCCCGCAUGUGCGUCUCUGCUUUAUUCUUUUUUCUUUACAGCGAAAGCCACUUGUGCAGAGGCUGUGGAUGCUAGCAUGAUGACGACCUUGGUGAAACUCACAUGUGCCCAUGCUCUGCUACGUCAGAGAGUUCAUCCUAGCGAAAGACAUGGGGAGAUGCGAACAACUGUCGCAUCGGCUUGUGCCUGUGGUGCGAAAAUGAGAGAGAAUUAUGACUCUACCGCACUUGUCGAUGCUGUGGUGGCGAUUGCGCUCUGCGAUGCUUCUUUGAACUUCCUUGCGGGUGUCUCCCUUAUGGGAGAAUCAUUCACGCUUGAUCACAUGGUAAGUGAUGCCCACUUUGAUGUUGUGCAAUUUGCAAAGGAGCUGUAUGCGCAUCUUCUAUCCCACAUGCCAACACCGAUGUGA